AUGUCAUCAACACCUCUUUAUAUGAUUAUUGGAGCAUUGGCUAGUUUAUUUUCAUCUCUUAAAAUUGUUCAAGCACGUAGAAGAUUACAAAAAGAUAGAAAUGUACCAGUUUCAUUAACAGAGGCUAUUAUUCAUUCUUUAUUUGAUGCUGUUGAUAAAGUUAAUUCUCAGGCUAAUCAAAUUGCAAUGAUUAUGGAUGAGAGAAUGAAUCAAUCAAAUUCAAUUCCAAUGUUACAAGUACAAUAUCAACAACAUCAGCCUAAAAUGUUGACAAAUGGCAAUACAAUGAAUACUAAUAAUAACAAAAUUCCUUCCCUAACCUUUACAGACUCAUCAAAUAUGCCAUCCUCUUCAAAUUCAUCAAAGGCUAAUAAUACCAUCAGUAGUAGUAGUAAUAAUAAUAAUAAUCAAAUACCAUUAUUAAUUAAUCAAAAACCAAUAAUAACAAAUUCAUACAGUACUAUUUCCGAUAAUAGAAAAUUAUCAGAUCCAAUGUUAGCCUCCAUUCCAAAUAAUUCUUUUAAAUAA